AUGGGAUUGGGAAACCCAAGUCCUAACGACGUCGUUUUACGUGCAACGAAGGCAUGGUUAAUAACAGGCUCGGAAGUCGGAAGCGGAAAGAAGCCUGGUCAGUCUCCUUAUUUCAUUGCCGGAGGAUUCACUCUGCACGCCAAGCUGGAUAGGCACAGAGGAGACCGCUAUGGCAACACCAAUCACGAUUCUCACCCAUAUCGUCAGUCCAGAGCUCCAUCGCGCUUCUCCGACGCACCCUUCAACAAUCGUGGCGGAGGAGCCUCUCACCACCGUCAGUUUGACAGCCCACCCCGUCGCUCUCCUGGAAGAGGUGCGGGGUUCCGAUCACCGGGUUUUGGCGGCAGCGAUGGGCUCAGGCCAGUGAGUGGGGAGGGUCCUGGAGGGUUUGGGUUCAACGGUCGUCAGGGACAGCCGUUGUCCGGUCAGAAACGAGGGUUUCCUUUCUCUGGACGUGGAGGGUCGCCGGACCGUUUUGGUGGGGAAAGUUUUGCAAAACUUUUUGUUGGAUCUGUACCGCGGACAGCAACUGAAGAAGAUAUUCGGCCUUUGUUCGAGCAACAUGGGAAUGUUAUUGAGGUUGCUCUGAUCAAGGAUAGAAAGACCGGACAGCAGCAAGGUUGUUGUUUCAUAAAGUAUGCUUCCCCUGAUGAAGCUGAUCAGGCAAUUAAAGCACUGCACAAUCAACAUAUUCUUCCUGGAGGUGUUGGUCCAAUCCAAGUGAGAUAUGCUGAUGGUGAACGGGAGCGCCUUGGUGCAGUUGAAUACAAAUUAUUCGUGGGCUCUCUGAACAAACAGGCUACAGUAAAGGAAGUUGAGGAAAUUUUCUCAAAAUAUGGACGGGUUGAAGAUGUUUAUCUGAUGCGUGAUGAGAAGAAGCAAAGCCGUGGAUGUGGUUUUGUUAAAUACUCUCACAGAGAUAUGGCUCUGGCAGCUAUAAAUGCACUUAAUGGAAUUUAUACAAUGAGAGGUUGUGAUCAGCCUUUAACUGUACGAUUUGCUGAUCCUAAGAGACCUCGACAAGGGGAUUUAAGGGGUCCUGCAUUUAGUCCAAGAUUUGAGGUACCAGGUCCUAGACAUCCAGCAUUUAGUCCAAGAUUUGAAGCACCUAGUUCUGGACCUCCAUUCAGUGUUAAUGAUCCCAUGGGCGAUCAAGCCUCUGCUCCCAAUGCCUGGCGUCCAAUGCAUCCUUCAAAUAUGGGGCCGUCAUCUAUCACUGGUCUGCAUAACAUGAGGCCUCCAUUGCUUCCAAGAUCUGGUGACAUGGACAUGGCAUUGGCUAUGAAUGCAGGUGGUCCUGUGAAUGGCUUUGGAGGCCCUUCAAAUGGUCCUUUUCAAAGACAAGCUCUGUCAUCGAUGUCACAACAGAAUUUCAAUCAAAACAUUCCACAUAUUCCACCAGCCAGCCAACAAAUGUCGCCACUGCAGAAGCCUAUUCAAUCACCUAAGGACAAGCCUUCUUCCCUCCAGAUGUACCCUCCAGCACCAAUCCCCUACUCACAAACACCACCUCUUGCAUCAUUUAGACAGCCUCAAGCACAGCAGGGUGCUUCUUCUGCUACAACUGCCCAGGGCCAUGCUCCUUUAGACACCAGCUUGCAAGCAAAUACAACAUUGACAACUACAAAUCAACAGCAACUAUCUACCUCUAUGCCUCAGCAGUCUCCGUCUCAGUUGGCACAAAUGUUGUCACAACAAACUCAGACUUUGCAAGCAAGCUUUCAUUCAUCUCAGAAGGCCUUCUCCCAGCUUCAACAGCAACUACAAAUGAUGCAACCCUCAAGUCAAGGUUUAACAUUACAGCAAAAUGCAGAAUCUAUGAAAAAACAGCCUCAGUGGACGGGGGCUGCACCAACUGCAGAUGUGCCUUCAUCCUUGUCUGCUUCUGCUGUACCUGCAAUAAAUCAGAACAUAGCUCCUGCAAAAUGUGAUUGGACAGAGCAUAUCUCUCCUGAGGGCUUCAAGUACUAUCACAAUAGUGUUACUGGUGAAAGUCGGUGGGAGAAACCUGAAGAGUUGACGUUAUCCGAACAGCAAAAGCCAUCUGUUCAGCAAUCUCAAAACCAGUCACAGCCUCCAAUAUCACCUCAGCAAGUUCCUCAAAUGCAACAAUUACAGCCUCAAGGCCAACUCCAAGGACAGGUUCUCCAGCAACAGUACCAGGCAUAUGCAGUUGCUGGUCAUCAAAAUGUUCAGGGAAUGUAUGCUAUGCAAGAGUGGAUGUGGAAGGAUAAGCCAGCAGGGAUUUGAAAUUCGUGGUAGAUUGAGCUUUGAGGUGGUGCACAUGAAGAGGUUGCAGCAACCUUUUAAUGGCUGAGGUACAGAGCCUGUAAUUUGACGUUGAAGGUAGGCUUUGUGACAUCUUUGAGCACAAAUGAAAAGCUUGUCACCCAAGAGUCCAUUUUGCAGCCACCAUUACAGCAUUUGGUCCUCGUUAAGGUUUCUUCACUGUUACUUAGUUUCUUAGGACUUGAAAGCCUGUGGGGGUCAAAUCUAUUUAACAAAUAAAGUUCCUCCACAGUCUCUAUGUAACAUAGUCUUUUUUUCCCCCUUCCGUAAAUUAUUAUAUUAUAUAUUCUCAACAUAAUCAUUUAACA